AUGAACUAUAUUAAGAAUGCGAUAUAUGGGCCGGAUCCUGCUGCACAGAAGCGGGAGUGUCAGUCGCUCAUUCGAAAGAAUCAGCGAGAGCUGGACAAACAGAUCAGUCAGUUGUCACAAUCAGAAAACAAAACUAAAAUUAUGGUAAAGCAAGUUGUGAAGCGGAACGAUCUUAAAUCUGCACGGUUACUUGCGAAGGAGUUAUAUAAGUCUAAGAAACAAAAACAGAGGUUGUUUAAGUCAAAGGCUCAGUUGAACUCAGUUAGUUUACAAGUGAAUGAGGCAUUUGCUAUGCGUAAGAUUGAAGGCACUAUGAAGGUAUCGACAGGAGUAAUGAAGGAUAUGAAUUCGCUGAUACGACUACCUGAGCUUACUGCGACUAUGAAUUCUCUUGGUAAAGAGCUUGUUAAGGCUGGAAUCAUUGAAGAUAUGGUUGGUGAUACUAUGGACCUUCUUGAUGAGAAUGAAAUGUUUGAAGACUCUGAAGCUGAGGAUGAAGUGAAUGCCAUUUUAUCUGAAAUUACUGGCACACCCAAGUUGGCCGAGGCAGGCCAUGUACCAGAGGGCUUUGUUGACGAAAAGACAUCUGCAAAGAAGCAGACGGUUGGUGCAAGUCCGUCUGCACCUACUGCUGUUGGAGUGGAAGAUGAUUCUGAUGGUGAUGAAGAGAUGUUAAACUCUAUGCGUGAGCGGUUGAAGGCUCUUCAGAGUUGA